UCCUUUCCACUGCCACCUGCGCACUCACAUUGCUGUUUUGAGCACAAAGGCACCAUGGGAAACAUAGUCCAGUGCUGUCACACGCUGUCAAAUUACUUAAAGUGUACGGACACACCGGCCCAGGGUGAGCCGGAGAGAUCCCCUCUGCUCUCCAGCGAGGAAAGUGAAUGUGAGUCUCCAAGUCUGCCAGAUGACUUUGAGGACGAUCUGUUAACCGUCUCCACUGGUGUGACAAAUCCAACCCUUGAACCGGGGAACUUCCUGUUUCCUGACCUCAUCCUGAGCAGCAACCUGGGAGGGGACGUGACUCUGGUGGAGCCGAUGGUGUGUCUGCUGGUGUCUGAGGAAGAGGAGGGUGUGAGGGUGGAUGAGCGGGGAGGUGAAGGACAGGAGAGGAGCAAUAGGGGGUAUUCUGAGGUGGAGACACAGACCGAAGUGGAGACACAGAUUGGCAUGGGGGUGCAGACUCAGACGGAGUCACAAGCAGAAGUUCAGGCACAAAUAUUGUUGUACUAUAAUGAGACAGCGGAGAAAGACGUACACACAUUAACAAAUACUGGUUUGACUAACAAGAUGGCUGUGGAUGUUUGGGAAGGAAAUGAAAUACUAAAACAGGCAGAUGUGCUCGUGGAGGCACCAACAGCUGCACAAACAUCACAAGAGAGAUGCUCAGAAAUGGAAAAAUCAGAGAAACAAGAGACAAGAAUUGACCCUGGAACCUGGUCUGGCAUAGACGUGGAGUUAGAGGAGGCAGGGAUGGUGGAAAGACUGGCAGAGAAAAGCACACCUGUUUUUGAGGAUAGAGACAAAGAAGCAGAACAGGAAGAACUGAAAGAGAGUCACAGCCAUGAAGAACUGACCGCCAUGUCAACUAAGCAAACCUUUCAAAGGGAGCAAAGUAUUGAGCUAAUAGCGCAAUUAAACACUGAUGAAGAAAAGGUCUUUAAGUUGCAACAGAAGGCCUGGACUGAGAACAACACUUUGCCCACCAAGGAGAACGUGAAGGACAAAGAACAAAACAAAGAGUCAGAGAGCAGCUCAGUGAUGCUGACUGAACAUAGCGUAAACAACAUGGAUGGGAGUAUUGCUGCAGUUGACCCACAGAAGAACGUUCAGCCGACAACAUGCAGUGUCAGCGUUGUGGAGAACUUCUUCACUGCUGAGUGUCGCGCAGACCUGACGCAACAGAGCGAUCAGGACGACGGACGGACGGGAUGGGCGACUGUGGCGUCAGAUCAGAAUGCAAAUGAAAAGGACCGUAACGUUGUCCACACAAAAUCAAACACAGAUCAGACAGCAGGUCAGUCCAAUUCAUAUGCAGAUCCUAUUCAGGAAAACCCACCAAAGAGGGAAGAGGAUGACAAUAAGACUGGUCUGCAGCAUGUUUUGGAGUUGGAGACAGCCCUGCCACAGGUGGAGGAGGAGGAAGGAGCUGAGAUGAAGCAAAUGACUUUGUUUUCAGUUGACAGGCUGUUUCUGGCAGCACCACAUUUCAAAGCUCCGAGUCAAAUUGAACAAAGCCCUGCGGAAGAUCCUGCACAGGAGUCUGAUGUUGACAGAAGCAAACAACUUAGCGUCCGGGACAUAGUGGAUCUCCAAGAGACCGGCUUUACUGUCAGAAUCCAACCUCCUGGAACAGAAAGUUUUGAGCUUCAGGUGUCAGGCCAGCUGCUGGUGGUGGAGCUGCACCAGGUGCUGAUGGAGCACGAGCUCACCUGCCACCGCACAUGCUUCUCCCUCCAGCUGGGAGGCGCGACGCUCGACAGCCUCACAGAGCUGAGCUCCAUCCAGGGCAUCCAAGAUGGAGCGCUGAUCAAGGUGGUGGAGGAUUCUUACUCAGUGCGUGAUGCUCGUCUUCACCUCAGACACGUCCGUGAUCUUCUGAGGAGCCUUGACCCUGCAGAUGCAUACAACGGAGUGAACUGCAGCUCUCUAUCUUACCUCUCCUUUUACACCAGAGGAGACAAGGAUAGUGAAAAGGAGUCUGGUGAUUACAAGCCUCCAGAAUACAUCCUCCCCGGAUGUAAAGACCGACCACUUACUCCUCUGCAGCCCAUCAGAGAUGACAGAAAGCCUUUACAGUGCCUGCGGGUUCUGACCAUGAGCAGCUGGAACCCCCCUCCAGGAAACAGGAAGAUGCAUGGGGAUUUAAUGUACCUCAAUGUCGUGACUAUGGAGGACAAAGAACUCAACAUUACAUCCUCUACACGCGGUUUCUACCUCAACCAGUCAACUGCCUUUAACUUCAACCCUAAACCUGCAGUUCCCAAAAUCCUUUGCCACUCUCUUGUCGUGCUGCUGAGUCAAGUGAGCCCUGCUUUCAGGAAAACCUUCAGUGCCCUGCAGAGAAGAAGAGUCCAGCAACACCCUUAUGAGCGGAUCGCAGCACCUUUCCAGGUGUUCACCUGGACUGCUCGUCAGGGAGACCACACCCUCGACUGUGUCCGAGCGGAGGAGACUCACACCAGCCGCAUGGGCCAGGACGAGCACACAGCCGGGCAGAGUCGGGAUUGGAACGAGGAGCUGCAGGGAUGCAGGGAACUCACCAGGACCUCCCUUCAGGAGCGCCUGCACAGAGAGAGGAGCAUAUUCAAGAUCAACAGCGACUUUGUUGAAGCUGCAACACGAGGUGCUGUAGCCGUGAUCGACGGCAACGUCAUGCCGUUAAACCCGGGGGAGGUGCCACACAUGCAGAUGUUCAUCUGGAACAAUCUCUUCUUCAGCCUGGGUUUCGACAUAGCUGAGCACUACCACCCACUAGGGGGCAACGCUGCUGCUCACGCUGCUGCCAGCUGUGACCUGAGGGGAGCACAGGCCUAUACAUCUGUCGACGUAGAGGGGCUUCACACACUUGGGACGGUUGUGGUGGAUUAUCGUGGCAUCCGUGUUAUUGCUCAGACGAUUGUUCCCGGGAUACUGGAGAAAAAUCAGGAGCAGAGUGUCGUCUAUGGCUCCAAUGACUAUGGAAAAACUGUUUUUACACACCCCAGGUUUCUGGAGCUUCUGGAUAAAACCAGUAAACUGCUAAGAAUCCAGCGUCACCAGGUGCUCGACCACAACAACAGCCCAGUGGAGCUUUGUUCCGGCGUCGAGACCAAAGGCAUCCUGGGUAACGACGGAAGACCCUACAUCUUGGACCUCCUCUGGGCCUUCCCCCCCGACCUUAACUUCCAGUUUUCAGAGACAGAGGAGAGCAGGGAGGUGCCGAAGGAGUGUCAGAGCCUUGGUUAUCCACGGCGACAUCAUCACAGCCUGGCCAGCCUGAGACCAGAGCUGAUAGAGGCCUUCGUUCAGCACAGGUAUGAACUUUAUGUCAAGAUGGUGUCCCAGGGGCUCAUCCAACUGGAAGAACAGGAUAAAGCCACAAAUCAGAGUGAAGAGCAGAGAGAAGAGAGAACUGGAGAGGCAGCCAAAGGCGGUGCUGACAUGGAAUUUCAGAGAAGAAAUGUGAUUCUGAACGCUUGUAAGGCUGUCGGAUCCGCCAGUGACUCUUGCUUUGACAUCCGCUUCAAUCCUGAUGUUUGCUCUCCAGGUGUUCGUUUCUCCUCUGAGUGUGCUGAAGAGGUUCAGAGGCAGAGACUGUUGUUGUGGGAUGCAGCUGCUUUUCUUCUGUCUAAUCAGAUUCCAGCAGUGCUGAGGGACUGUCUCGACCACACAGCGCUGCCGAUGGAUGGAGAGACUCUGACCUCAGCGCUACAUCAGCGGGGUGUGAACGUACGCUACCUGGGCACCCUGCUGAGGGAGCUGGACAGGGUGGAGGAGAGGGGGAGACUCAGCCACAUACAGAGAAUCUCAGUCAGUGAAGUCAUCAUUAGAAGUGCGAAACACAUCUUCAGGACGUAUCUACAGAAAGUGGAGCCUGCAGCGUUCUCCGCUGCUGUCAGUCACUUCCUAAACUGCCUCCUGAGCUCCUCCUCCUGUUUUCCGGACUCCUGCUCAGAUGAGCUACUCUCUCGUCGCAGGAGCCGCCGCCGACGGAGCCACGGGAGUCGAGUCGCCAUGCUGACAGACAGCACGUGGGCCAGACUGACCCCCAGUGAGCUGUGGGGCAGGAUCAGGACUGAGGCUGGGGAUUAUUACCACUACACAAUAGAUAGUGAAAGUUUAGAUGAAGUAAUAGAACAGCACGGCCUUCAGAGGAUCUCCCUGCUGAGAGAGAUUGCCAUCAAGACGGGCAUCCAGGUGCAGCUGAGGGAGUACACGUUUGAGUCUCGACACAGGCCAGUGUUUGGUGAGGAAGAUGUCGUCAACAUGUUCCCUGUGGUCAAACAUCUCAAACCCACGGGAACGGAUGCCACACGGCUUGUUCAACAAGCCCAGGCGGCAGUACAGCAGGGGCUUCUCAAAGAUGGCUAUGAAUUGAUUAGCCAGGCUCUGACUCUGUUCAGCAGUGUAUGCGGGGUCCUGCAUGAGGAUGUGUGCAUGUGCCUGCGACUCCUGGGACGGCUCAGCUACAUCUUGGGGGAAUAUGCAGAUGCCCUCAACCACCAGGAGAAGGCUGUUAUGAGUAGUGAGAGAGUGCUAGGUAUAGACCAUCCACAGACCAUACAAGACUAUACUCAUCUGGCCCUGUACUGCUUUGCUGGAGGCCGGCUCUCGACCUCCCUACAGCUGCUGUAUCGUGCUCGGUACCUCACUCUGCUCGUGAUUGGAGAAGACCAUCCACAAGUCGCACUGCUGGAUAGCAUGCUUGGUCUAGUGCUUCAUGGACUGAUGGAGUAUGAGCUCUCCCUGAACUUCCUACAGAAUGCCUUAAUUUCAACCUCAAAAUACCACGGUGCCGCAUCCCUGAAGCUCGCACACAGUCAUCAUCUGCUCGCCACUGUGUACGAGAGUAAAGGAGAGUUUCGCUCGGCUCUGCAACACGAGAAAGAGGCUUAUUCAAUAUUUACGAGCCAGGUUGGUGAGGACCAUGACAGGACAAAGGAAAGUUCGGAGUACCUGAAGAGUCUCACUCAGCAGGCUGUGAUCCUUCAGAAAGCCAUCAACCUGAUCUACAGUAACACACCUGGUGCCUGUAUUCCACCUCCAAAGUUUGCCACACCAAGCCUUCCCACAAUCCUUCAGCUGCUCAACCUGACAUGUGGAAUCAUUCUCAUUCCCCUCAGUGCAAAAGAAAUUGCAGACCUGAGGAAUGAGUUGCAAGGGAAGGUUGUGCUGGAAGAGCUGGAAAAAAAGACUUGAGAGCUACAGAGAACAAGGCUGUGGACAGUUUCAAUAGAACAUCUGUGUUCUUCUAUAAAUUACUAUGGCAAAUUGCUGGUGGCUAAGUAGGUUAGCCUGCUUUGGACAACA